UAGGAUUUCUAAUGAAGUCUUCUCUUCCUUCAGGGGCCCCAGGUGAACUCGUUCCGUGUUGAGUCGCGCUGCCGGGUUUGUUACCUGCAACGAGGACAUCGUGUCAAAGUUCUGUUGAAGUCAGCAGAAACUAUGCAUUCCCAAAUAAAGUACUUGGUGCGCCUGAAACGCUGCGCUCCUCCUCGCUGCAAGCGGAUCCUCGAGAGGAAACUCUGGUUCUGGUCUGACUGUGCAGCGAAACAAGGAGGCUUUAGCGCGACGGAACUUGUCUUGCAUGCAGCUGCAGGACAACAUGCUUCUGUCGGAGCACAGCGCUGCAGGAACUAUGCGUCCGACUGCGCUUACAGCCGAGCUUUCGCCUCGGCAAGAGACCACCCGGAAACUUUCUGGGCUGAGAUGGCUCAGAAGAUCAGCUGGUUUGAGCCGUGGAGCAAAACUCUGCACGUAGAGGACCCGGUGUUUCCAAACUGGUUUAUAGGGGGAAAGUUAAACAUGUGCUUCAACGCUGUGGAUCGUCAUGUUGAGAGUGGCCGUGGAGAGCAGCCAGCCAUCAUUUAUGACAGUCCGGUGACUGGAACUAAGAAGAUCAUCACCUUCAGCGAACUGCAGGACCAGGUGUCCAGAUUAGCAGGAGUUCUUGUGAAAAAUGGGGUUCAGAAAGGAGACCUGGUUGUCAUCUACAUGCCCAUGGUGCCCCAGGCCAUGUUCACCAUGCUGGCCUGUGCACGGAUUGGUGCUCCACACAGCCUAAUCUUUGGUGGCUUUGCUUCCAAGGAGCUAUCAGUCCGCAUUGAUCAUGCCAAACCCAAGAUGUUGGUGACAGCCUCGUUCGGCAUCGAGCCAGGCAGAAGAGUUGAGUACAUCCCGCUGGUGAAGAAGGCCCUGGAGAUGAGCUUUCACAAACCCUCCAAAGUCCUCAUAUACAGCAGGCCCACCAUGGACAAAGUUUCACUGGAUCCGGAGCUGAGUCUGGACUGGGACCAGGAAAUGGCCGCUUCUCGUCCUCAUGACUGUGUUCCUUUACCCUCCAACCAUCCUUUGUAUGUUCUCUAUACAUCUGGGACCACAGGAACACCAAAGGGCGUUGUGAGAGACACUGCAGGGUACGCCGUUAUGCUGAAAUGGACCAUGUCAAAUAUUUAUGGACUCAGUCCCGGAGAUGUUUGGUGGGCUGCCUCUGAUUUGGGCUGGGUGGUCGGCCAUUCCUACAUCUGCUAUGCUCCUUUACUCCAUGGCAACAGCACUAUUUUAUAUGAGGGAAAGCCAGUUGGGACUCCAGAUCCUGGCGCAUUCUUCCGUGUUCUGUCAGAAUAUGGAGCGUCCUCCAUGUUCACCGCACCCACCGCAAUCCGGGCCAUUCGGCAGCAGGACCCCAGCGCUGCAGUAGGGAGGAAAUACCCUUUGACCAGGUUGCAGACGUUAUUCUUGGCAGGAGAGCGGUGUGAUGUUGAGACUCUGGAGUGGGCAAAGAAGAACUUUGGCGUUCCGGUUCUGGAUCACUGGUGGCAGACGGAAACUGGCUCAGCCAUCACGUCCUCCUGCAUCGGCCUGGGUAACUCGCUCACGCCACCUGCAGGCCAGGCUGGAAAGCCAGUUCCAGGUUACAAUGUCACUGUGAUUGACGAUGACAUGCAGGAGUUGAAGCCAAAAACUCUGGGAAAUAUUGUGGUCAGACUUCCUCUACCUCCUGGAGCUGCGCUGUGCCUGUGGCAAAACCACCGUCUCUUCAAGGAGCUCUACUUCUCCAAGUUUCCAGGUUACUAUGACACCAUGGACGCUGGAUUUUUGGAUGAGGAGGGCUUCCUUUACAUCAUGUCCCGGUCUGAUGAUGUCAUCAACGUGGCGGGUCACAGGCUGUCCGCUGGAGCAGUAGAGGAAUCGGUGCUGCUGCACUCUGCAGUGGGGGACUGCGCUGUGGUGGGUCUGGAGGACUCUCUGAAGGGCCAUGUCCCUUUGGCGCUGUGUGUACUUAAAAAAGAUGUGCAGAAAACUGAGCAAGAGAUCACAAAGGAGCUGGUGAAGCUGGUGAGAGACACCAUCGGACCUGUAGCCGCCUUCAGGAACAUGCUCUUCGUCCCCGGGUUACCGAAGACGCGAUCAGGAAAAAUCCCCCGCUCGUCUCUGGCCAACCUGGUCAACGGCAAACCCUACAAGAUUACGCCAACCAUUGAGGACCCAGAUGUGUUUAAAGACAUCGAGAGGCAAGUAGAAAAAGUCUGGAGACGACAUGCAGAUUGAACACUGGAGGCUUGAGAACCACGUUACUCCAUUUGGAUGGUGUAGUUCAAGCAAUUUUAAUUCUUUAAGUAGUCUAUUAAGUCAGUGACGUUUUGAACCAAUAAAGCUUCAUUUUUCUAUGUAAAUUACUGAUGAGGUAAAACCGUCCUGCACUAAACUUUGUAGAUGUAUAAAUAUUUUUAAUGAAAA